UGACAGCCCCGUAUUUUACCGAAUAUUCGGUAUGUAGGGGGCCGUUUUUCGACCCCAAUUCGGGGUAAAUCCCGGCGAAAAAAAUACAAGUUAGAAUACCCACAAGAAGCCAGUGUUUGUGUAAAUAGUCGUAAAGGGUGAUUCGUGGCUUCAUCGUGUCCGGAAAUGGGGGAAAAACCGGUUACAUUGUCAUUUGUGAGGUUAUGUUGAGAAAUUUAACAACUGGGAUUUUCAGCAUACAGAACGUAGCGUCGAUUAGUGUCACUUUUUGGAGUUUUCAAGUGGUUUACGUAUUGUAAAAUAAUUAAAUUGGGUGAAGGAUGAGCCACUGAUGUUACUGGACGUUGCGUCCGAUUUGAGCUGUCAUCGAAUUUUUGAGGUUAAGUCGCAGUAACAAGUUUUUAAAUUUCUCUUCUAAAAUGGAUAAACCUCGUCCCUGUGGGUGCAAGGGCUGUCGCACUUGUCUCAUCUGUGAAUCGACUUUUGGGUUGUCGGCGAAAAAAUUCGCGAUUCGGAGAGAAGACAGUUACGUGUAUUGCCCUCAGUGUAAUGUUGCGUUUCCGGGUUGGGACUCGUCUCCGGAACAUCCGGAUCAUCACGGUGCCCCAAUCGAAUUCCCCGGAAUCUACAUUCAACUCGAUUUUUUAUCACCGGAAGAAGAAACAAAAUUAAUGAAAGGUAUAGACGAAAUGCCCUGGGACUCGUCACAAAGUGGCCGCAGGAAACAAAAUUUUGGUCCGAAAUGUAACUUCAAAAGAAAUAAAUUACGCGAAGGGGAUUUUGCCGGUUUUCCGAAAUUUUCCGAAUUCGUCCAAGAGAAAUUCCGGGAAGUCCCGAUUUUGAGAGAUUUUCAAACGAUCGAACAGUGUUCAUUGGAAUAUGACCCUCAAAGGGGGGCAUCGAUUGACCCCCACAUCGAUGAUUGUUGGAUUUGGGGCGAGAGAAUUGUUACUGUUAACUUGUUAUCAGAUUCAGUGCUCACUAUGACGUACAACAGAAAAAAUAAUUAUUAUAAUUUGAAUUUAGUUGAGACAUAUCCAGCGGUUUUGAACGAGAAAGGAGACUGGAAUGGUACCGGAGGUUGUUAUAAAGUGAAACCAUUUCAAAAUGACAGUUUUUAUCCUGUUGUGAGGAUUCCAAUGCCCAGAAGGUCUUUAUUAGUGAUGUUCAAUUCGGCAAGGUACGACUGGGAGCAUCAGAUUUUGAGGGAGGACAUUGGGGAGAGGAGGGUGUGUUUGGCCUACAGGGAAUUCACCCCCAUUUAUUUACCGGGGGGCGAGAAAAAGGAAGACGGGGAGGGGAUUCUGGAGAGGGCGAGGAUUUUUUGGGACCAUUCGAGGUGA